AUUAAGAUUGGAUUUUAAAAAAUCACAUGUUCCGGCGGGAAUAAUGUAAUAUCUUGUAACGGGUUAAAUGCAACUUUUAUUUAUCUUUUUUAUUAUCUUAAUAUAAUUUUUUAUAUUAUUAUAUCACAUUUCUAAAUUAAAACUAUGUGGUGUACAACGCCUGAAAUUUCAUGGCAUAAUCGUGAUCCAGUUUUGAGUAUUGAUAUACAAAAUGGAAUUUAUAAAACAUCAAAAGAUGAAAUUUUUUGGCGAGUUGUAACCGGAGGUGCUGAUUCACAUAUUUUGAUAUGGCAUUUAACAAUGAAUGAAAAUGGAGGUGCUAUUGUGAAGUGCGUUGCUGAUUUAGAACGGCAUCAAAGGGCAGUAAAUGUAGUGCGAUUUUCACCAUCAAAAAGUAUUUUAGCUUCAGGAGAUGAUGAAUCAACCAUAGUUUUAUGGAAACAAAAGGAGGAUUGCGAAUUUUUUAUUACUUCUGAAGAAACUAAAGAUAAAGAACAAUGGAUUUCUUGGAAAGUAUUAAGAGGACAUCUUGAGGAUGUCUAUGACAUCAGUUGGUCUCCAAAUUCUAAUAUGUUAGUUUCUGGAUCUGUAGAUAAUACAGCCAUUUUAUGGGAUAUUCACAAAGGACGUUCUGUAGCAAUAUUAUCUGAUCAUAAAGGUUUUGUACAAGGUGUUUCAUGGGAUCCUUGUAAUCAAUAUAUAUGUACAAUAAGUACAGAUAGAAUAUGCCGUUUAAUUGAUAUAAAUACUAAAAAAACAGUACAACGGGUAUAUAAGACAAAAAUUCCAACUCGAACAAAUCAUCCAAUAAAAGAUAAAAUAGUACGCUUAUUUUAUGAUGAUACUUUUAAGUCAUUCUUUAGAAGAUUAACAUUUUCUAUAGAUGGAUUAUUACUUAUUGUACCUUCUGGUAUAAUUGAGCCUAUAGAAACAUCAGAAAGGGUAUCUAAUACAACUUUAAUUUUUUCAAGAUAUAAUUUAAAAGAACCUCUUGUACUUCUACCUUCUUUAGAUGAAUGUACUAUUGCAGUUCGAUGUUGUCCACUUUAUUUUGAAUUACAAAACGAUGGUCCAACACCAAUGAUAGCUUUGCCUUAUCGAAUGGUAUUUGCUGUUGCAACACAGCACUCAAUAAUGAUAUAUGAUACUCAACAAAUUUCACCAAUUGCUGUAAUAUCAAAUAUUCAUUAUACUAGAUUAACUGAUGUUGCAUGGUCAGAUGAUGGUAGAAUUUUAAUUGCAUCUUCAACAGAUGGUUAUUGUUCUAUAAUACAUUUUCAAAAAGGUGAAUUAGGUCAAGAAUAUAAAAAACAAAGUGAUAUUCCAACAAAAUCUGAUAGUAUUAAUAAUAAUUUUAAACAAUUUACAACAUCAAGUUUUAAUAUUAAAAAUGUAUCUGAAAAACUUGCAGCCACUGCUGAUAUAGAUAAUAGUGCUAUAGAUAUUGACAUAAAACAUGAAAUAAAAAAAAUUCUCAAUGAAAAUUCACAAAAUAUCAUAAAUGAAAAUAAUAAAUUAUUAAAUCACACAAUUAAACAAAAAACAGACUUAGAUAAUAAAAUGGAAAUUGAAGAGACUGAAGAUAUUAAAUUAGUUUAUAAUGAAGAAAGUACUAAUGAAGUUAAAGUAAAUAUAUCUCAAAAAUCAGAGGUACCAUUAAUAAUCCCUAGUAAAACUCCUCGAAGAGUACAAUUAAUUACACUUUCUAGUCCAAAAGGACUUAAAAAGGAACAAUCUUAACUUUGAAAU